AUGCGCUUUGUUGAGGCUUUGGGUCAUUUCGGUGAUAAUCAUGUGGUUCAUUUACGCGAGUUCUCUAAAUCUCUAACUGAUCGAGUUUACUGUUGGUAUUUCAAUCUCGAACCAGACUCCAUCAGUACCUGGGAGCAACUGAAAGAUCGCUUCGUCACCAAGUUUUUCCAGGCUGAAGAACGGGUCACCACCUUGUCUCUCACAAAGGAGGCUCAAGAGGACAAUGAGGACAUUCUCGCCUUUAUCAAUCAGUUCAGAGACCGCGCCGGCGAAUGCUUUGAAAACAGUAAUGAAAUGGACUUGGUUGAUAUUUACAUCCAGGGCAUGCUACAAAUUUACAAGCUCCACCUUGUCAACCUAAGGAUAGCUAGCUUUGGCGAGCUCAAGAUUGCAGCCCAGAUUCUCAAGGAUCUCAAGCCAAUUGCCGCUAAGUAUGAGCCUCUAAAAUAUGAUGCCCCAAAGUUUGAAGCUCCAAAACCUUCCAGUCGCAGGCCCGCACCUGCAGCGACCAUUGAGGAACGCCCCCGAAAGUGGUUUAACAAAUCCCAAUUCAAGCCACAAGGCGAGGAACCACCACCUUUCCCCAUCCGUAUUGAGGAAGUUAAGAAUACACUCACCCAAUGGGUCAAGGAUGUCAACGUUGUUCUACCUACCCCACGUCACGAGCCCACCCCGGCAGAUCGAGCUAACGCUGAUUUCUGUGUUUACCAUCAAAGUGUUACUUAUCCCACUAUUAAUUGCUGGGGCUUGCGCCGCCUCUUGCAAUGGCGAAUGGCAACUGGUGAUCUUGAAGUCACCCUUCCAAAGGAUGUUCGUCAGUUCCCGUACCCCGAUCAUCGUGUGGCUGUUAUCACCUGCUAUGAUGAACUUGCAGAAACAAAUUCAGGCCAUGAGACAGAUCCUUCUUCAGAGGUGGAUAUGUGUCCUUUGGUCGCCUCUGUUAAACCCAACUCUCCUGCACUAAAGAAAACUUUAUCCUUUUCUGAUGCUGACAAACAGAGCCAAGGCGCCCAAAAUCGACCAUUGUAUGUGCUGGCUUCUAUCAAGGGAGUAAAAUUCAAGCGCGCUUUUCUUGACAAUGGUUCUUCCAUCAAUGUCAUGCCCCUCUCCACCUUUCGCAUGGCUGUCAUCUCUGAGGAUCGUCUGAUCAAAGAGCCAAUCGAAGUCACAGGAUUUGGCAAUAAUCUUCGUCGCACGAUGGGCUAUGUUAAUGUUAAUCUAGCUGUUAACAAAUUCCAAGCCUCCACGAAGUUCCACGUUAUUGACAGUGACACUUCUUAUCACAUCCUUCUAGGACGCGCAUGGAUGCACCGCUUUGGUAUUGUUCCUUUCACUUACCAUCAAUGUUUCAAAGGUAUCUGGAAUAACAAAGUUAUCACUGUCCCCUGUUCAGAUUGCCCUUUUGCCACCUUUGAGGCUCAUUACACGGAUGCGUUAUUCUUCAAUGACCUUGAUGACUGCGCGUAA